GACGUGACUCCAAAUGACUUUCCCCCAGACUGGACUUGACUCAAGCUUGAAUGCAGUAUAUAGACCUUACUUAUACCGUCUUUAUCUCUCCUUAUUAUCAACAUGACUUCCCUACGCAACUUUCAGUCCGAGAUAGACGAGAUUCGCUCUCGAGAAACCGCCAAACAGCGGGCUAUCGGCGCAGAGUGGGAGAAGGAAAACCAGAGCUUACACGACAAGAAGAAGGAGAAAGCGAAAGACGAUAGAGAGACCGGAGUGGUCAUGAGGGAGCCCGAACCUCAGUCAGAUGUGGAAGUCGAAGAACAGAUACUAGAUCUUCUACAUUCCCAGCAACAUAAAAAGGCUCGAGAUAUGAUUUCUUCUCUGCUAACGCAGCAUCGGGGCGAGUACAUUUUCCGCAUAGGAGCUCGACCGCCAUAUAGCAAGCUAUUUGCUGGUGAACCUGUCGAAGAUGCAGGUGACUGGACGGGCAUCUCGCGGAACGAAAGUGAAGUCAUAUCUCUGCAGGCGGAUUUGAAGAAAAUCGUAGAGGACGUUGGUGGGCAGGUUUCUGUAUUAUUUGAGGCUACCGAACCACAUCCACGUAGUACCACUCUACUACGUCUACCUCCACCAAGCGUUUCACUUACUCCUGAAGUCCGUUGUGCGGUCGUUGGGAAUGUGGAUAGUGGGAAGUCAACUACGCUUGGGGUACUUACAAGAGGUGCACUGGAUGAUGGAAGAGGACGAGCAAGGGUCGGAUUAUUCCGCCAUAAGCACGAAGUGGAGACAGGGCGGACGUCUAGUGUAGGCAUGGAGAUUUUGGGAUUUGGCCCCUCAGGUGCCCCAAUACUUCCUAGCACUGCUCACUCAUCGGAUUUGGAUGUCAUUCGACGCGAAAAGCUGGGGUGGGACGAAAUAUCUAUGAAGGCAGCGAAGAUUGUCUCAUUCAGCGACCUUGCCGGUCACGAACGCUACUUGAAGACUACCCUAUAUGGACUAACGUCUGGAGCGCCAUCGUGUGUUAUUCUCAUGGUCGGUGCUAAUGCCGGUCUCAUAGGAAUGUCCAAGGAACAUUUAGCAAUAGCUCUGGCUCUGAGCGUCCCUGUUGUCGUCUGUAUCACGAAAAUUGACAUGACUCCACCAAAUGUACUUGCUGAAACCACAAAACAAGUGGUGAAGAUACUUAAGAGUCCAGGAUGCAGAAAGACCCCAGUUUUUGUGAACUCUAUGGAGAUAGCCGUUGAGCUUUCAGAUAAAUUUGCGCAACAACGUUUAUGCCCAAUAUUUCAGAUCUCGAAUGUUACAGGAGAAGGUCUCGACCUAGUUCGCACAUUCCUUAACCUCCUUCCUUCCAGCGAAAAUGAUCAAGAGAAAUUUGCCAGUAACCAACCACUUGAGUACUGUGUAACCGAAGUGUGGUCCGUCCCAUAUGUAGGCACGGUUGUCAAUGGUAUAGUAAAUGCCGGAAGUAUCAAGACGGGCGAAGCUGUUCUUUUGGGCCCAGAUCCUAAUGGAAAUUAUCAGAACACGAUCGUCAGAAGCAUGCAGCGAAAGAGGGCCGACGUCACUAUGGCAGAAGCUGGACAGUGUGUAUCUCUUGCGCUGAAGCGUGUGAGAAGGGCGACGGUACGCAAGGGUAUGGUCAUAGUGCACAGGACAGACACUCCUCCUCGAGCGAUACGUCAGUUCGAGGGUCAGGUCUUGAUCCUUUACCACAACACCACAUUGCAACGGAACUAUCAGGCCAUGCUUCACUGUGGGGCGGUGCGCCAGACAGUCCGCAUCAUCGAAAUGGACCACCCACAGGGUGUCCUGCGUACAGGUGAUCGAGCGACUGUGCAAUUUGAGUUCAUCUCGCAUCCCGAGUUUAUCAAGGAGGGUAUGAAGCUACUAUUUCGUGAGGGCAAGACAAAAGGUCUUGGUGUGAUCACUCGACUACUAUGAUUUUCCCAAUUACACUGUGUCGGCGUGUGCUAUAUUUCGGUUUCCUGACCCUUCAAUCUAUCAUGUCAUUUUUCGGAUUGCUUGUACUGCACGCUUCACGACGUGCAUCGCCGUGUGGCGUCAAUAAAGCACGCCGCUUAUUAUCUCU